CCGCGGCGGCGGGUGGAGGUCAGGGCGCUGCGGGGCGGAGCGGGAGGUGCGGGCCCGGAGGGGCUGAGCUGCGGUCGAGAGGGCGGCUGGGGCGGAGGGGCCUGCCGGGGGGCUCAGAGGAGGGACUCUCUGAAGGGGCUGGAACUGGACGUGUGAAAUGGCUGCGAAGGUGUUUGAAAAUCUUGGGAAGCUCGGGCUGGGCUUGGCUGUCGCAGGAGGGGUUGUGAAUUCAGCGCUGUACAAUGUCGAUGCAGGCCACAGGGCCGUCAUCUUUGACCGAUUCCGUGGGGUCCAGGACACAGUGGUGGGAGAAGGUACCCACUUCCUCAUCCCUUGGGUACAGAAACCCAUCAUCUUUGACUGCCGCUCCCGCCCCCGUAACAUUCCGGUGAUCACUGGCAGCAAAGAUCUACAGAACGUGAACAUCACGUUGCGCAUCCUGUUCAGACCAGUGACUGCCCAGUUACCACGGAUUUUCACCAGUAUUGGAGAGGACUAUGAUGAGCGCGUGCUGCCCUCAAUCACAACUGAGAUCCUCAAGUCUGUUGUGGCUCGGUUUGAUGCUGGAGAAUUGAUCACUCAGAGAGAACUGGUCUCAAGGCAAGUGAGUGAAGACCUCACGGAGAGAGCAGCAACCUUUGGGCUCAUUCUGGAUGAUGUCUCCUUGACCCACCUGACCUUUGGCAAGGAGUUCACGGAGGCGGUGGAAAUGAAGCAAGUGGCCCAGCAAGAAGCAGAGCGAGCCAGAUUCAUUGUGGAAAAGGCGGAACAGCAGAAGAAAGCUGCUGUCAUCUCUGCUGAGGGAGACUCAAAAGCGGCCGAGCUGAUCGCCAACUCGCUGGCCACAGCGGGUGACGGUUUGAUUGAGCUGCGCAAGCUGGAGGCAGCCGAAGACAUUGCCUACCAGCUCUCACGGUCCCGCAACAUCACCUACCUGCCCUCCGGACAGUCCGUGCUGCUCCAGCUGCCGCAGUGAUCCUAGCUCUGCAGCUCGCCUCAACCUGCCAGAUCCGCCCUUUCCAAAUGAAUCUUUGCAAUUUCCUCACUGGUAAAAGCAGGGGAAAUUAAAAUUCAACCCAUUUUGAAUUCUUAAUCAAAUAAAACUGAACGCUCUCGACAACAAAGCUGCAUUCCUCCCAGAGCAGUGGCUCUGCUGACCAUCCAGCUAGGUUUGAGAAUUGCCCCUUUCCAGGCAGUUUGAGCAACAGGAGCAGUUUCCAUCUGUUCCCUCCUGGGACAGAGGUGGCCCUGGUGGCUGCCUGGCCACACGAGUGCUCUACCCAUCAGGUCUCACAGCAACGCUUCAGUGCCUUCAGGUUGGCUGAGCCAGGGCCAUUACAGAUGUGCAUGUCCUGGACCAUGGAGCAGGGACGCUCAGGGCUCCAUCUCCAGGUGUCAGCGGAGUGAGAGGACACCUGAACUGUCAGCACAGAGGCUCUGUGCCUGUGCUGAACCACAGCACUGACAGCUAGAGAUGCAGGGCGAGUGGAUUUUGGCAGGGGUGAGAGAACAGCCGAGAUUCACUUUGUGUAGUAGAUGGAUUUCAGGCUUGGAGAAGAUACUCCUCUGCAGUAAAUACUUCUCAUGCCUGUGCUGGCAAUGGGACAUCUCCCCUUUUCCCCCCACCGCCACAUGCUGAGCUGUUUGCUGCUGCUCACCCUGUUGCACAGCACCGGUUCUUUCACCAAGGUCAGUAAAGGUGGCAGUUGGGCUCUCGCAAGCGGCUCCUGGUGCAAGGGCUGAUUGGUGCUCUGUGGCUCAGGCUGUUGAAGGCGGCAGAAUUCUCUGUUACAUCAAAGAUCUUUUUAAUUUAGGGAACCUCAAUUGUGAGGAGGAUGUGGUGGGUGAGAUUGUAUAACCAGUCUUCAAUAAAUGUCACAGUCCCAAGCGUAGCA